AUGCACAACAAUAUCGAUAUUUUGAGUGGGAUUGAAUCCGGAUUGUGUUGUUUCAGCUCAGGUUUGGUUCCGAUUCUGGCUGAUUCGAAGAGUAGUAAAGUGAGGGCGAGGAGGAAAAUUAAGAGGAUCCAGUGUCUGAGGAGGAGCUUCACUUCCCAGAGAGGAAGUAGUAGACACAACAAGAACUUGGCAUGGCCAAAUCAGCACAAGCCCAGAAGGUUUCUUCGUGUGAAUGGGUUGUUCGGAGGUGGAAACAAUAAAGAUAAUACUGAGGAUGGACAGUCAAAGGCAGGAGGAAUCUUUGGUAAUAUGCAGAAUAUGUAUGAGACUGUCAAGAAAGCUCAAAUGGUUGUUCAAGUUGAGGCUGUUCGUGUUCAAAAAGAGUUAGCUGCGUAUGUCUCUCUCAUUCAUUAA